AUGACCAACUGGAGCACAGUAACUCUUCUCAUGGUAGCGUUUCUUGGGCUAGAAUGUAGUUCUCGUCCUGAACUUUAUCAUUGGCGUAAGGCAACAUUUUUUUUAAUUUUGAAAAAUUAAAAAAUUUUUUAUUUAAAAAAAUUUAAAAAUUUUAGAAAGAAGAACAAUGGACUGUGCGUGGAUCGACUACAGCAGUCCAAUCACACAAUGUUCAUUGAGAGGUUCGGACUGGCACUUCUCGGACUAUGGACAAAACUGCUUCGAGGCUUUUGAUCCGGUCAGCAAGGUAAGCCCAGAGCCCUAGCCCAGAGCCCUAGCCCAGAGCCCUAGCCCAGAGCCCUAGCCCAGAGCCCUAGCCCAGAGCCCUAGUCCAGAGCCCUAGCCCAGAGCCCAGAGCCCUAGCCCAGAGCCCUAGCCCAGAGCCCUAGCCCAGAGUCCUAGCUCAGAGCCCUAGCCCAGAGCCCUGGCCCAGUGCCUUAACCCAGAGCCCUAGCCCACAACCCUAGCCCAGAGCCCUAGCCCAGAGUCCUAGCUCAGAGCCCUAGCCCAGAGCCCUGGCCCAGUGCCUUAACCCAGAGCCCUAGCCCACAACCCUAGCCCAGAGCCUUAGCCUUUAAAAACCGAUCAAAAAAAGAAGUUUUCGCAGUGUCGCCUAAUAUUACUGAUCUCACAAGAUAGCCUUAGAGAAAUUGCAAGAUAUGUUGUUACGCAACUUUUUCUUAUGUAAUCUUUAUGGCCAAUGUAAUGUUUGCCUCGGUGUAAAACGACCCAACAAAUUACUGCGAGUGCUGGGGUUUUAUCCAUUUUUGUGUACUGUAAUUCUCCCUACCUCAUCCUAUCCUACCCUACUCUACCCUAUCCUACCCUACCUUAUCCUACCCUACCCUACCCUGCCCUACCCAACCUUAUCCUACCCUACUAUACCCUAUCCUACCCUACACUAUCCUUCACUCUACUCUCAGCGCUUAUGCUUUUUUGCCUCCUGGCUUACCCUUCCGUAACUUUACUUAUUUUACAAUACCCCACCCUGCUCAACAUUCAUCAAAGUUUUUAAACUUUCCGUACCCUGCCCAAUACUAUUAAAAAUUUCUAUAGUUCUCCAACCAUGCCCGGUGGCUAGACAUGAGAAACGGACCGGUCCUGUGCGAAAUUUCGAUCGGGCCGGUUUUAACACUCAGGCCCGGCCCGACCCUUUUCUCAUGUCUACAGGUGGCCUUUACAAAUUACUACACUUGCUUUACCCUGCCUAUCACACUUGAAAAUUUAUAGGCUAGUCUUACCUUGCCCAUUACUCUUACAAAGUUCUAUACUGCCCUAUCCUUCCCAGUUCUCUUGAAAAUGUUUGCAGUACAAAAUCAUCCACCCCCCCCCCUUCUUAAUCCAAUUUUAUUGUUACAACAAAUUUAGGUAAUAUCAUACUCUUUCAGACCAUCCAAAACCUAUGUCCACUGAACUGCCAAAAGACGGACGAAACCGUGAUAUUGGGUAAGACACCUUCUAACAACCAUAAGUGUGCCCACCACUUCAACUACGGGCUUCGGAUGCACAACGAUGAUGUUGUUCUGUGGAGGUCGGGGUUGUGUUUGAACGAAACGCUACGCUUCGAGGUCAGAUGUGGGUUCCCAUUCGCUCAGCGUGACUUUGUUUCGGCCAAGGGGCUGUUGUCUUCUGUGCUUUAG